AGUACUCAUGAAGCUAUUAAACUGAUAACACUCGAUCAGAUCGCAGCUUUUCAAUAUUAUUAAUAAAAAUUUUGUAGACGUCACAAAAAACAAUAAUGCAACAUAACAAAUCUGAACUCGAAACAAAAACAACUAAGGCAAUGGAAAAACUUGAGAUUAAAGGGAAAAGAUUUGGACGAGGUGCAGUUGAUAGUGGCCUGACACAUGAGUGUGGAGUCUUUGGUGUUGUUGGAACAGGAAAAUGGCCUACAAAUGUUGAUAUCGCACAAACUGUAUGCCUUGGUCUUGUUGCAUUGCAACAUCGUGGUCAAGAAUCAGCCGGCAUUGUUACUAGUGAAGGUAACGACUCAAAAAAUUUCAACAUUCAUAAAGGAAUGGGAAUGAUCAAUAACAUUUUUACUGAUGAAAGUAUCAAAAAGCUGAAAGGAAAUCUCGGGAUUGGUCACACACGCUAUUCUACUUCAGCGGCAUCAGAAGAAGUAAAUUGUCAACCUUUUGUUGUUCACACAGCACAAGGACCGAUCGCCUUGGCACAUAAUGGUGAACUUGUAAACUGUGAGAGUUUGAGAACAGCUGUACUUGGACGUGGUGUUGGUCUUUCAACCCACAGCGAUUCUGAAUUAAUCACACAAUCUUUGUGCGUCAAUCCUCCCGACGGUGAAAUCAACGGACCCGAUUGGCCCGCAAGAAUCAAACAUUUAAUGAAAUUAACAAAAAUCAGUUAUUCCCUCGUCAUCAUGAUGAAAGAUAAAAUUUAUGGCGUCAGAGAUCCUUAUGGUAACCGUCCUCUUUGCAUUGGUCGAAUCGUUCCAUUAAAGAGUCGUGAAUCAUCAAAAAAUAGUGGAAUCACCAAUGGCAAUAGCUUCAUCAAUGGAAAUGGUUAUCACAAUCAUAUGAAUGAUGAUGAUACCGACGGUUGGGUGAUUUCAAGUGAAUCAUGUGGAUUCUUAUCAAUCGGUGCACGUUAUGAACGAGAAGUUGAACCUGGAGAAAUUGUUGAAUUGACACAAGAUGGUGUUAGAACAAUCGAUAUUGUGGAACGGCCACGUGAUGAAUCUAAUCGAAUUCUUCCACAAGCUUUUUGCAUUUUUGAGUAUGUCUACUUUGCUCGUUCUGACUCAAUCUUUGAAGGUCAAAUGGUGUACACUGUGAGAAUGGAAUGUGGACGUCAACUAGCAAUUGAAGCGCCUGUUGAAGCUGACAUUGUAAGUUCAGUGCCAGAAUCAGGAACAGCAGCAGCUCACGGCUUUUCACGUGAAUCAAAAAUUGCUUUUGUUGAAGUUUUAUGCAAGAAUCGUUAUGUGGGACGAACAUUCAUUCAACCAUCAACUCGACUUCGUCAACUUGGUGUUGCGAAGAAAUUUGGAGCAUUGUCCGAAAAUGUUGCUGGUAAACGAUUAAUUUUGAUUGAUGAUUCAAUUGUGAGGGGAAACACCAUUGGACCUAUCAUUAAAUUGCUCAGAGAUGCUGGAGCUAAAGAAGUUCACAUUCGCAUUGCUUCACCGCCACUCUUGUAUCCAUGCUAUAUGGGAAUUAAUAUUCCCACAAAGCAAGAACUGAUUGGAAAUCAUAUGAACCCACAGGAACUCGCUAAACAUGUUGGUGCUGAUAGUUUGGCUUACUUAUCGGUUGAUGGACUCAUUCGUGCUGUAAGAACAAAUCUUAAGAGUAAGAACAAGUCGAAAGUUGGGCAUUGUACAGCAUGUUUAACAGGAAAGUAUCCUGUUGAGCUUGAUUAUUCCCUCGUCAUCAUGAUGAAAGAUAAAAUUUAUGGCGUCAGAGAUCCUUAUGGUAACCGUCCUCUUUGCAUUGGUCGAAUCGUUCCAUUAAAGAGUCGUGAAUCAUCAAAAAAUAGUGGAAUCACCAAUGGCAAUAGCUUCAUCAAUGGAAAUGGUUAUCACAAUCAUAUGAAUGAUGAUGAUACCGACGGUUGGGUGAUUUCAAGUGAAUCAUGUGGAUUCUUAUCAAUCGGUGCACGUUAUGAACGAGAAGUUGAACCUGGAGAAAUUGUUGAAUUGACACAAGAUGGUGUUAGAACAAUCGAUAUUGUGGAACGGCCACGUGAUGAAUCUAAUCGAAUUCUUCCACAAGCUUUUUGCAUUUUUGAGUAUGUCUACUUUGCUCGUUCUGACUCAAUCUUUGAAGGUCAAAUGGUGUACACUGUGAGAAUGGAAUGUGGACGUCAACUAGCAAUUGAAGCGCCUGUUGAAGCUGACAUUGUAAGUUCAGUGCCAGAAUCAGGAACAGCAGCAGCUCACGGCUUUUCACGUGAAUCAAAAAUUGCUUUUGUUGAAGUUUUAUGCAAGAAUCGUUAUGUGGGACGAACAUUCAUUCAACCAUCAACUCGACUUCGUCAACUUGGUGUUGCGAAGAAAUUUGGAGCAUUGUCCGAAAAUGUUGCUGGUAAACGAUUAAUUUUGAUUGAUGAUUCAAUUGUGAGGGGAAACACCAUUGGACCUAUCAUUAAAUUGCUCAGAGAUGCUGGAGCUAAAGAAGUUCACAUUCGCAUUGCUUCACCGCCACUCUUGUAUCCAUGCUAUAUGGGAAUUAAUAUUCCCACAAAGCAAGAACUGAUUGGAAAUCAUAUGAACCCACAGGAACUCGCUAAACAUGUUGGUGCUGAUAGUUUGGCUUACUUAUCGGUUGAUGGACUCAUUCGUGCUGUAAGAACAAAUCUUAAGAGUAAGAACAAGUCGAAAGUUGGGCAUUGUACAGCAUGUUUAACAGGAAAGUAUCCUGUUGAGCUUGAGUUUUGA